AUGGGCCAAGAGGCGUUGGCAACUGAGGAGGAAGCUGAUGAGAUAGCUAAACGAGCGGCGCAUGAUGAACGGCAUCAGGCUCAUAUCAUGGUUACGCGCGCAUUGUCCGUUGGGACAGCCACUGUCUGGCUCAAGAUUCGAUCGUACUGUACAACCAAAGUAGUCGAAGCCCGUUUCUGUAUUGAAUUUGCGAAUUCAGAAGAGUGCACUCGUUUUCUUCACGAGGAUAUGAGGAGAUUGAAGCUGCGACACGUCUCCGACGAGGAUACGGACGUCGCUGUCAUCGGUGACAUCCUUCGUGCUCUUCUCCCAAUCCAUGACGAUCAUCGGUCUGCAGAGAAGAACGCUCUUCGGCGUGGGAUUCCCGAGUCUCAGUUCAUCGACGAAUAUCCUGAGCCUGAGACGCAGCUGAUAAGUCAUCGAGGCCAUCAUCGACCGUGCUGUCUCUCACUCUCUAUCUCUCUCGUCUUCGGCAGCAUUAUCUGCGUUGAUUGGAGUGCCACCACGAUCCCCCCAACUUUUCCCUCGCCCUCUGGCGCUUUCCAGUCCCUCAACAACCUCCGCGUCAUAUUCCCUUCGCACGAUCGCAAUUCGUCCCCCCAAGACGACCUCACCAUCACCAUCUCAGCGGGUGAGAUGUCAUUCUCAACUGGUACAAAUCCCAUUUCGCUCGCGAACGGACUCACUUUGAGCAGCGCGCACCGCACCGUCAACAUCAACUACAUCAAUGCCAUCAUGGGUGAUGCAUUCAUAGGUACCAUCAACGGCGGCAAUAAUGGUGGAAGGAAUAAUACCAACACCAGUUCCACCCAAGCAACUCACGCUUGCCAACGGAACAAUCUCGAGCUCAAGGUCUGCUGCUGGCCCAGGCUCGCAGACGUCCUCCGCCUCCGCCUCAGCGCUCUCAGCCUCAGUUGUCUCGGGAAGCAAAACCGUCAACACGUGGAGUCGCUCCCUGCGCCAAGGCACGACCACAGUGGAGGCCAUAGCGACAUCAGUGUCGGGAGCGCUGAGAAGCAGUGCUUCCUGCAACUUGUAGGCACCGAAAUUGAGCUCGAAAUACUCAUAUCCAUACUCCUCUAUGAUGCCUGUCGUAUUGCCGCCAACAAGCUCUGUGUCUGCGUGUGGGUCCUACGGGUUGAAAACCGCACCGGAGUGCCCAUCUCUUCAGCUUCAGCGCUUCAGCUCCCCAAAUCAGAUAAUCAGACAAGCGUGCACGCGCAACGCCUCCCUUAUCGUCUUCUCUGCCACCUUCUACCACUGACUCGCGGGCCUGAACGGUGUUCCAUUUCCACUGUGUGA